UGUCAACGUACGUUCACGUGCCCACGCCAAUUUCCAACCUAUUCCUUUUCACCAUUCGGUAAUCACACCAGGCAACCGUUCUUCCAAAUUACGUGAUCUUUCGAAACGAAAUCCACGUGAAAAAUGUCAGUGAAAAGUCAUCCAUUUACCUCUACUGAGGAAAUUAUCAAUUUUGAGACGGGAGACACAGCUGUGAUACUCUCAGGUUACGUCGAUAAGAUUGAUGGGAUGAAAACUGUCAGCAAUGGAAAAAAAACUUUGCUAAAGUUCGUAAUGAACAAUGGGGAUGGAGCGAGGAUUCGUGUACUGAUGUGGGACAAUGUCACCAAGGUCAACUCACCGAAAAUUUCUCAUUACCAGAAAAUGUAUAUCACUAUGGGUUGCAUUACUCCUGUCAAUACUGCUUAUCAUGGGAACGAAGACGUUGUUGAUGUGGAGUUCAACGUUCAGGCAGCGAGCACCAUAAAAUAUCUGGGAAGUCUCGAUGGAGCUGGAAUAAUUGUCCCAGAAAAUUACCCUGAAGUUGCCAUGGAAACUCUACUUCGUCACCAAAACGCUCCAGUGUCAGUUACUGGAUUCAUCAAGAGUCCAUUCGUUGAAGUUGUUCAUUUCUCAGCUUCGUACGGUGGAGGCAGCAUUGUCAAUGGCAAACACAGACUCGCUGUCCAAAUUGCUAUUUUCAAGGAGACGAAAGAGAUUAAGGUUGGAACCUGUGUCAAGCUCAUGGGGAAACUGAAGUCCAGGGUCUUGAAGACAAACAAGGCAUAUCCCGAGUACUACUUCGAAGUUCCAGACAUGAGUCAUGUCGUUUUGAUCCAGGGUAAAACGACUACGGAGGAAGAAAUGUCAAAAGCGAUCAUCUCAGCGACCUCUAAACGCUACUCGACUGGAGAUUUACCGGAACCAAAACGUUUCUCGAACGGUCAGGGUGUAGAAGAAAUUCAGAGAGCGAUGUCAAUUGAGAAGAAUGACUAAGUUCAAAGGGGUAUUAUUAUCUGUACUGUUAUUUCAACUGAGAGACAAUAUUUAUUGCUGUUAUCACUAAUCUUUUCGUAGAUUUUUCUCAAAUUAAAUUCCCUGUGAUUUCAUGGAGAUUGAGAAAAAAAUUUUCAAGAGAACAAUCAUAAUGUAAAAAAUAAUUUCGUCACGUAAAGGACUUAACUUUCUAAAAAAAAAUUAUUCGAGGCUAGAAUUUCAUUAACUUAGAGAUGACUAGAGAAAGACUAGAUUUGUCGAUAACUUCUUUUCAAAGACUAAAAAACUAUAAAUUGACUAGGGCAGUAUUUCCUUAACCUAAACUCGACUAGAGAAAGACUAGAGACGUAGAUUAAUUGGAAACUCCAAUUUGUGACAUUCAUUCGUGAAAAAUAAUUUAAUUUAUCAAAAUAUAACUAAUCGUUAUAUGCAAGGGCCAAAUGUACAAAGCACUAGAGCAGUAUUUCCUUAACCUAAACUCGACUAGAGAAAGACUAGAGACUUAAAUUAAUUGGAAACUCCAAUUUGUGACAUUCAUUCGUGAAAAAUAAUUUAAUUUAUCAAAAUAUAACUAAUCGUGAUAUUCAAGGGCCA